AUGGCCAGAAUCACCACCACCGGUAGGUUACCUCCAGGGCCUCCAGGUUGGCCAGUUGUCGGCAACCUCUUCGAUUUAGGAACCAUGCCACAUCAAAAAUUAGCCAACCAUAAACAUAAGUAUGGACCGCUGAUUUGGUUACGCUUGGGUUCUCUUGAUACUCUUGUUGUGUCUUCAGUAGAGGCCACAAUGGAAAUGUUCAAAAACCAUGAUCACUCUUUCUGCAACCGUUACAUAAACGAGGCUAUGAAAAUUCGCGACACUUACAAAUCCACCAUUUCGCUGGGAGACUAUGGUUCGUAUUGGCGAAUGCUGAGAAGACUAUGCGCAAGCGAACUUUUCUCCCGCAAAAGCAUUAAUGGAACUGCACCUUUACGCAGGAAAUGUGUGGACAAGAUGCUAGAGUGGAUAACAAAUGAGGCAAAAGAGACUGGAAGCGGCGGCGGCGUUGAGGUGGCACGGUAUGUUUAUGCCACAUGCUUCAACGUCAUGGGUAGCAUCGUUUUCUCUCGAGAUGACCUUGUGGAUCCAGACUCCACUGUAGGAAAUGAUUUCUUUAACUUCAAUGCUGAGCUUACGGAGCUCGCAGUAAAACCAAAUUCAGCUGAUUUCUUCCCUUCUUUGCGUUGGUUAGACCCGCAAGGUUUGAAAAAGAGGAUUGGAGAGAAGCAGGCACAAAUUCUUCAGAUCAUUGGUUCAUUCAUCGAGGAAAGGCGAUGCGUGACAAAGGACAUGGACAGGAACAUAGAACUCGCACACAACACGAAAACGGAGAAGAAAAAGACGGAUUUCUUGGAUGUCUUGAUGGAAUUUGAAGGCAAUGGGAAGGAUGGACCAACUAAAAUUUCAGAUGCAAAUCUCACUGUCUUUAUUUUGGAAUUAUUUAUGGGAGCAACAGAGACGACAAGCACGACAAUAGAAUGGGCAAUGACAGAACUCCUCCGCAAUCCAGAGACAAUGAAGAAGGCCAAAGCUGAGAUUUCUCAAGUUAUAGGCCACGACAGGAAACUUGAAGAGAAUGACAUAAAAGAUCUACCCUAUCUAAACGCAGUAAUCAAAGAGGCACUGAGAUUACAUCCUGCUGCACCAUUACUGGCACCUCGGAUUGCUGUUACAGACACCGAGUUGAUGGGAUAUCGGAUACCCAAAGACACCAUGGUGUUGGUGAAUAUCUGGGGAAUGGGAAGGGACCCAAGUGUUUGGGGUGCUGAUCAUUUGUUGUUCAAACCAGAACGGUUCUUGAGUUCUAAUCUGGAUUACCGUGGACAGAAUUUCGAGUUUAUACCAUUUGGAGCAGGGAGGCGUAUUUGUCCAGGAAUCUCAAUGACUCAACAAAUGCUACCACUGGCCUUAGGAUCACUUGUCCAAUCUUUUGAAUGGGUUCUUGAGAAUGGCAUAACACCUGAUACUGUAGACUUGGGAGAAAGGAUGGGCAUCACAUUGCGUAAAGCCAUUCCCUUGAAGGCAGUACCAAGAUUGGUUACCCCCAGAAAGGGUUUCGCAGUGGCUAGUGUUUAA